AAUAUCGACAUUCUAUUCCCAGAAGACUGUCCUUGCAGUUUUCCUAGUCUUUCAGUCUUUCUAGUCUCGCAGUUAUCUUAAGUUGUGGAUGAUGCCUCCAGAAUUUAACACCAACCAACCACCAUAACUGUAUUAUCCGAUGGCGACUGACCUCUACAUCGGCAAACGCCUCUCUUUUGACGUACAACUGUGUACUGUACGGUAUAUUGGCAAGCUCAAAGGUACCAAAGGGGAGUGGCUGGGUGUAGAGUGGGAUGAUCCAACUCGAGGGAAGCACUCCGGGGAGAAUGGGGGCAUUAAAUAUUUCGAAUGCGCGAACAAACAACCAACCGCUGGCUCUUUCGUCCGCCCAGGACGCAAAUCUGACCCGCCCCAGUCUUUCGUCGAAGCCUUGAAAAUGAAGUAUGCCUCCGAAUACUUUGAAGACCCCGAUGUGCAGAUUGUUUUCACAAUUCAAGAUAAUACCAAGCCUCCUUUGUCGCAGCCGAGUCGACCUAUCCGGAUUAGCGGUAAAGAGGUGGAAGAAGUCGGCUUCGACAAAAUUCGGAAGCAGCUGGCAGAUCUUAAUGAGUUGCGAAUUGUCAUCUUAGAUGGCUUGUGCAUGUCGAGGCCGAUUGCCACUUUAAGAGAAAGAAAAGAAGCAUCACAGGAAGACGCUUGGCCCACAGGCCUCACAGACAUCAAGGAUGUGUGUCCAAAGACUGUCGAACUUGAUCUGAGUCGCAAUCUGUUCGAAGAGUGGAGGGAGGUUGCCUCUAUUUGCGAGCAGCUGGACAAGUUGAGAAGCUUGAGAGUGGACGGUAACCGGUUUCGAGAUACAACAUUGACCAACGCCGAGAGACAAAGAUGCCUCAAAGCCUUCGGAAACAUUAAGACACUCAGGCUAGAAGACACUCUUCUCUCAUGGGAGGAGAUAACUCGGAUAACCACCCUGUUCCCUACCCUUACAACCUUCGUCGCCUCCAGCAAUCUUUACACAACCUUAACCCCACAUCUCCUAACCCCAACCAUCACCGACCUAACCCUGGAAGACAACCUGUUCCCCUCCCUCUCCUCCCUUUCCCCCCUAACCCGCCUGCCUAACCUCCAACGCCUCGUCCUCAAAAGCAACAAAAUCUCCUCAGCCUCCCCAUCAGACGUCCCACUCCCCAUCUUCUCUCACACCAUCACCGACGUCGACCUCUCCUACAACGCCAUUGUCACCUGGGCGUUCAUCGACGCCCUCGCUCACGUCUUUCCGGGCCUAACCUCCCUCCGAAUCUCCCACAACCCGUUAUACCACUCACUACAAUCCGCCGACGGCCGCACGCUCAGCGUUGAAGAUGGAUACAUGCUCACACUCGCUCGGCUUGGGGCGCUCAAAAUUUUAAACUACAGUCCGAUUACUGCCAAAGAGCGGCUAAAUGCCGAAUCAUACUACCUGUCCCUCAUAUCCCGUGAACUAGUUUUCUCACCACCGGAACUUGCAGACCAGAUCAUAGCGUCGCAUCCACGAUAUCAGUAUCUGUGUGCGGAGUACGGGGAACCGGUUAUCCAUCAUGAAGCGGGGAAAGUGAAUCCGAAUUCGUUGGCGGCGCGGCUUGUAAGGUGUACUUUUUACCUAGGGGCUAGUGCGAAGGCGUCCUUAUCUACGGCUAUAGCAUCGUCUCUCUCUCUCCCAACUGUAGAACGCAUUGAAGCGGAAGUCCCCACAUCCUUCACUGCAUACAGUCUCCUCGGAUUCGUGGCCAAGGAAUUCAGCCUGCCUCCUAGGAAACUGAGACUUGUCUGGGAGACGGGGGACUGGAUGCUUGCGAGUCGUGCACUGCACGAUGUCGCGGAAGAAGAAUGGGAUUCUGAGUCUGAGUCUGAGUCUGGGUCUAGUAGGAGCGGGGGUGACGAUGGGGUAGAGUUAGAGCGGGAUGGGGGAGAGAGGGUGAUGAGGGAGGUGGAGAUUGUGCCUGGGACGAAGUUGGUUGGGACAUGGAUUGAUGGGAUGGAGGCUGUGAUUAGAGUGGAGAUGAGAUGA